ACGCCCGGAAGUGAGGCCCGUCGUCAUGGUGACCGCGCCCACCAGCUCCAUCGCCACCGAAGCCGGCGCUUGGAGGAAGGGACCGUCACCUCCUCCGGCAGGCCCAGGGCCUGGGUUCUGAUUCUGCACCGAUCGGCCGGGUGACUGUGGAUCUCCACCAUGGCGUCUCAGGAGAGGAGAGGGGCUGUGGCCAGAGGAAGAGGCUUCUGGCACUGUCCCCGGCCGGCCUACAGUCCCCAAACACGGGAGCUGCUCAGAGUGAUGAUGCAGGAAUCCAAACUCAACAACUUCCAGCAGCGCCAGAUCAGGGACUCCAUGAAAAGAGGCGAUGCCCUGCCGGUCGAGUGCCAUCCCACUUCCAGCCAGAAACCAUCAUCACCGCCCAAGCCGACCACCCACCCCCCCGGCCUCCGCCUACCUCCCAUUUUAUCGACCAGGCCCCGCCGCCGGCCAGCAAACAUCUGCCAGGCCAACGACGCCUACAUCCGAGAACAAUACAGGCCUCGGGCCACAAGAGAUCUGGAAAAGGAGAAGCAAAGACUCCAAAAUAUCUUUGCCACCGGGAAGGAUGUAGAGGAGCGGAAAAGAAAGCAGAAACCUGUCGCGCAAGAGGAAUCGGCCCCCAAGCCUGACCGGUUUGAGGAAUUGGUGAACGAGGUCCAGGAGAGGCGGGAGUUCCUGUUGCAGAUGGAAGCCCUGGGCCGGGGCAAGCAGUAUCGAGGGAUCAUCCUCACUGAAAUGUCCCAGAAACUGCGAGAGAUGGAAGACCUUGAUAAACAGAGAAGCCGCAGACUUAAAGAAGCAGUGGCCAGAGCCUCUUCUGAGGAACCCAACUCGACCGCAGGGCUCCCGGCUCGACCCAGCUCCAGAGACGGGCCUCCAUCCAGAGCUGGGGGCUCGCCCGUAGACCAGCUCGGCCCACCCGCAAGUCAGAACUCCCCUCGCCCCGGGACUUCUGGGUCUGGCCACCCACCGCCCACACAGACCAAGCUGGGGGCAGAACCAGAAGCCCCCAGGAGUCCAAGAAGCCGCCUAGCAGUGGGCGGUCAGCAGGGUGGACGAUGGGUAGGACCAGAUUCCCUCCAUUUAGGAAAAUCGGGCAGAGAGGGCAUCUCCCCAAGUGAAGAGCCCUCCUACCACCAUCCCAAACAAGUCUGAUCCACCCCUCGACCCUGAGUCCUUCCCAAAUCCCCUUUCUGCGCUGCAUGUUCAGUUUCUUUGGGAGACUUGGAAAACAGGCAGCGUUAAUCACUUCUUCCCAGCAUUGAGUCGAUUUCUCCAACACAGGGCAAGCAGCUCCCUGAAGGCCGGGGUAAAAAUCCCAGUCAGUGCACGGUCUCCUUAGCUGGAUCUUACAUAAACCUGAGUUUUGCUUUUAAA